CUAACAAGCAGACAACUCGAGAGGAAUGUGUCAAUGUGGAAUUGUGGAUGUAGGUUGUUUACCGAUUAAAAAAUCUGCUCGGGAAGAUAUACAUGCUAAACUAAUAUUAAAUGUGACAACUUAUUAAGUUUAAAAAGUCAAUGUCUAAAACAACUGGGAAAACGUGGUCCGAAGGGUAUCAUUUUGCUCCAAACAGCUCAAAAUACCUGGCAGGAGAUCCAGAUGUAAAAUUUGUCGUUUUUGAUACGUCGCCAGAUAACAGUGAAGACGAAGAACUAGUUCCUUGUUUGGAAAGAAAAUUGAACGAUGGUAUUGAUCAAGUGAAGUCUCAAGAACCAAUACUUACAAAGGAAAUUAAUUUGGUUUUGUCAAAAAGUGAUGACAAUGAAAUUGAUAGUCAGUGUUCCACAUCAAGCAAUGAUCUUCCAUUGAGUCCUUCCACCAGAGAGGAUAUGAUACAAUACUUGAACUUUUGUGCAUCAAAAAAACUUAAAAGAUGAGUGCUGAAGAUGAAAAACGAGUUGUAGCCUUGAUUGACAUGGACUGUUUUUAUGUUCAAGUGGAAGAGAGAGAAAAUCCUGGCAACAAAGGAAAACCUGCCUGUGUGGUGCAGUAUAAAAAAUGGAAAGGGGGUGGUAUUAUUUCUGUAAAUUAUGAAGCUAGAGCGCAAGGAGUAACUAAGCAGAUGAGAGGAGAUGAAGCCAGGGAAAAAUGUCCAGAUUGCAUUCUUUACAGAGUACCUGAACAGCGAGGAAAAGCUGAUCUCACAAGGUACAGGGAUGGAGGAAAAGAAGUCAUUGAUGUGAUGUGCAGCUUUGGUGUCGUCGUAGAGCGCGCCAGUAUUGAUGAAGCAUACAUAGACAUGACCGCGGUUAUAGAUAAAAUGCUUUCAGAUUCCACAGCCACUGCGAUCGAUCUUGAAGAGCUUCCAAACACUUACUUUGUUGGAUGGGGGAACGACACAGAUGAUGUAAAAGGUGUACACGGGUGGUUACAAGCGUUAUCGGAAGGAAAUUGCAACGAUAAUGACUGGAAAUUAACAUAUGGUGCUAUUUUGGUUGAAAAGAUGCGCGCUGCUGUUUAUGAAAAAACCGGAUUUCGUUGUUCUGCUGGGAUUUCCAACAAUAAAAUGUUGGCGAAACUAGCUUGUGGCAUCAACAAGCCCAACAAGCAAACCGUUUUGCCUUUUCGUUCCGUUGAGGAAUUUUUUACGACGUUCCCUUUAAAGAAAGUUAGAAAUCUUGGUGGUAAACUUGGUCUUGUUCUACGAGAAGAGUUCCAUUGUACUACUAUGGCAGAUAUCGUAAAAAUUCCCGAGCGGGUCUUGCAGGAACGUUUUGAUAGUAAGACGGGCACGUGGCUUUACUGGUACGCCCGAGGAGUGGAUCAUGAGUCGGUCAGCUCCCGCAGACUGCCCAAGUCCAUAGGCUGUAAUAAAAAUUUCACUGGUUUAGCUGCACUAGAUUCUCGGGAGAAAAUAAGCCAUUGGCUAGAAGAGUUAUGUGCUGAAGUUUCUGAGCGACUCGAGAAAGACCGGGAAACGAAUAAUAGAACGGCAAAACUAUUAACUCUGACGGUUCGAUUAGAAGGCGAUAUACGACCGUACUCUUAUACUCGUUCAAUUCCUCUGACUUCUUCAUACGAAAAAAUGCACAUGGCGAACGCUUGCUUGGCAGUUAUUAGUAAAGAAAAUCCUUGUUUCAAACAAGGCAACACUAGAGUUCCAGUGGUUGUUACCUGCCUUGGAGUUUCAGCUAGCAAGUUUGUUGAUCAACUGGAAAAUAAUUCCAGGAUCGAUCGCUUUUUUGUCACUAAAAAUAGUGCUGAAACCAACAAGGAAAAAGAACCCUAUGCAGAACAGGAAGCAUUGCAUGAAAACGAUGAUCUAAACGAAAACAGUACUGAUCAGGAGGAUGAAGAAAAUGAAUUUGUAGAAACUGAAAGAAUCUUGGAUAUUGAAGAAGAAAGUAUUACGGCACCAGAACCAAAUACAGCCGACUCUGCUUCAGAGUGCACUGAAGCAGAGCCUGUAUCAGUCCAUAGAGAAAUGAGUUCAAUGCCUAUUUCCAAUCAAGAUAACUGUGGAAUAGUGAAAAAAACUGGGUUUUUUGCUUCUCGUUGCCUUGACAAAAACACUCCAAUACAAUCAGCUAAAGAAUCUGUUCCUGAACCAGCAGCCCUGAAAAUGGUGGGUCUUCAAGAGUCAUUCUCCGUUGAAGAACUAUUUCCAGAUUUAAAUCAAGUUGAUAUGGAUACCCUAGCUCUACUCCCGCUUCAUCUACAGCGCCAAGUUUUACAAGCAAUCGAGGCUAGGAAAGGUAGUUAUGGAAAUGAUAAAUUCGUUGUAUGUGACAAGUGCAAACAACAAUUUCUCCGAGAAGAAAUCGAAGAACACAAAGAUUUCCAUUUGGCGUCCGAAUUGCAAAAGGAAUUUUCUGCCCAGCCUUCUACUUCUUCAUUGGCCAACAAUUCGAAAGUCCAGACAGCCGAGAAAAAAUCGUCGAAGAGGCCGUUGAAGAACCAGAAGAAGGCAGCCAAGGAUAGCAAGCGCUCAAGGACGAUAGAUUCGUUUUUUGGAAGCCGGCCGUAGUAAAAAAAAUGUAAGUUCAAUUUAUCAACCAACAUGUACUAAAAACCCGUCAAAAUGAUUAGCAAUAUUCUGGCGAUUGUAGUAAAAAUAUUGUUUUUUUUUAAAUGUAAUUUUGUGUGAACCAACCGGGAGGGGGGAGGAUAUUAUUGAAUAUUGACAGAAUUGUUUCCAAUUUUUAUUCAAAUAAAAAUAUUGAUGAAUUUGUAAUAUUUGCAAGUGUUUUUCCUCGGUUCUUGGUAAAAAACGAUUGAUCACAAAUAAUGAUGCUUGCUGUAUCCGCCUGGCACUUCUUGGUUUAUAGGUAAGGAGGACACCUUUCGUUUAAAUGAAUGUAUGAAAUCCAAUCGGUCCGAAUACCCGACUUCCUUUGCAAAGGAAAAAGGAUACAUCUUACGAAAUUUAGUAUUCCGGUAAGUGCUAAGCAAAUUGGCAUUUCAAUUGGAAUUUUUUUACGGCAUUGCGAAACCAUAGACUACAAAGGAAAGACUGAACUCCCCUAUAACCCUCCACAGGCGAUGCUUCUGCAUGCCGGUAGAGGUCAGGUGGUACGGUAUCCAGUGGAUAUCACUCAUUUUCCUUUUCCCUACCGAUUACGUGCUUCACACACGCAUUUUCGGUUAUUCAGAGCAGGAGAAAUGAUCAUUGAAGAGCUUCGAUAACUUCGACAUUUCUUUAGAAUAAGAUGUGGAAGUCUGCUCUUCUGCGUGGCUUGGAGCCUCGUUUGCCUCUUCGUUUUUGGCCCUUUUCACAGCUUUUGCAGCCCUCUUCCUAUCUUUCUUAGGUUGGACGUUUCUCUUCCUUUUGGGUGUAGGUAAAACGACAUCAUCUACAUCAGUUUCGUUUUCAUCUGCAUUUUACUUACCAGAAUUGCUGUCGUCCUUUUUUCUCUCAUUAGCUGACAGUAUGAUUUCAGCUACAAUUAAAAAUAAGGCUCCUCAUCCUCCACUUCUAGUUCUUGGUCUUCAGGAUCGUAGUCAGUAAAACAAUCAAACAAUAUGUCUUCUUUAAAUUUUAGGCCAUUCUUAUUUUUUUUUUUUUGGAAUUGUGAGAAAUGGACUAUCUGAGUCUGGAUAGUCAUGAUCAGAAAGGGAGUCCUCCAAUAACUCUGCCUCUGGCAUAUGGUCAAGGCUGGAUGUUUUUCACCAAACCUGAAAGUUAAAUUUUGCUUGUUAAGUAAAGGAUUCUGCCCCAAGUUAGAUAAAUUUAGAAUUUGGAAAGACUGAAAGUCUGAAAACUGUUUGAUUCAAUUUCAACAGAGUCUGACGUCGUCUGCUCACCGGAAUUAUGUAUUAUUCACUAAAGUAUUAACAUAUUGUAUUGUAUAUUGUAUUGUAUUAGGCCAUUCUUAUUUCUUGUUUCGUGGAAUUGUGAGAAAUGGACUAUCUGAGUCUGGAUAGUCAUGAUCAGAAAGGGAGUCCUCCAAUAACUCUGCCUCUGGCAUAUGGUCAAGGCUGGAUGUUUUUCACCAAACCUGAAAGUUAAAUUUUGCUUGUUAAGUAAAGGAUUCUGCCCCAAGUUAGAUAAAUUUAGAAUUUGGAAAGACUGAAAGUCUGAAAACUGUUUGAUUCAAUUUCAACAGAGUCUGACGUCGUCUGCUCACCGGAAUUAUGUAUUAUUCACUAAAGUAUUAACAUAUUGUAUUGUAUAUUGUAUUGUAUUAGGCCAUUCUUAUUUCUUGUUUCGUGGAAUUGUGAGAAAUGGACUAUCUGAGUCUGGAUAGUCAUGAUCAGAAAGGGAGUCCUCCAAUAACUCUGCCUCUGGCAUAUGGUCAAGGCUGGAUGUUUUUCACCAAACCUGAAAGUUAAAUUUUGCUUGUUAAGUAAAGGAUUCUGCCCCAAGUUAGAUAAAUUUAGAAUUUGGAAAGACUGAAAGUCUGAAAACUGUUUGAUUCAAUUUCAACAGAGUCUGACGUCGUCUGCUCACCGGAAUUAUGCCAUUCUUCUUUUUUUUUUUUGGAAUUGUGAGAAAUGGACUAUCUGAGUCUGGAUAGUCAUGAUCAGAAAGGGAGUCCUCCAAUAACUCUGCCUCUGGCAUAUGGUCAAGGCUGGAUGUUUUUCACCAAACCUGAAAGUUAAAUUUUGCUUGUUAAGUAAAGGAUUCUGCCCCAAGUUAGAUAAAUUUAGAAUUUGGAAAGACUGAAAGUCUGAAAACUGUUUGAUUCAAUUUCAACAGAGUCUGACGUCGUCUGCUCACCGGAAUUAUGCCAUUCUUAUUUCUUGUUUCGUGGAAUUGUGAGAAAUGGACUAUCUGAGUCUGGAUAGUCAUGAUCAGAAAGGGAGUCCUCCAAUAACUCUGCCUCUGGCAUAUGGUCAAGGCUGGAUGUUUUUCACCAAACCUGAAAGUUAAAUUUUGCUUGUUAAGUAAAGGAUUCUGCCCUAAGUUAGAUAAUUGGAAAGACUGAAAACUUUUUGAUUCGAUUUCAACUUUUUAUCGUUCAUUUCUUGUUCUUUCUUCGCCCACUUUAUCUCUCACUUUUCCGCAAUUCUCUUGGAUAUUAUUAUCGUCUUGAUUUCCUCCUUCAUGGAGUCUUGGCAUCUCUCGUUGUUGGGCACUUUUUCAGCUGUUUUGCCCCAUUCUUUGACUACUGUACUAUGUCUCUUUCGCUGGCUCGUACCAUUCACGAAGUUCGUCGUCUCCCAUCCAGGGUAAGUCUAUUGCUCAAUCUUUUAACUUUCCUGCCGGUUUUCGCAGAAAUCCUCUUGCCUAUAACAAGUACUGUGAAUUGGGUAGGUAACCUAUACUUCAACUGAAUUUUAAUAAUCUCGAUGAUCUUUUACUACGACAGUUCACAGAGCUCUUCCUGUUUAAGCAUGUUAAAAAUUCUCGGUAAUGUCUCAAGAAUGUCUGUACUGAGAUCCAAUUGGAAUCCCAGUCAUCGCAGUGUUCUUUUAUUCUCUGAUUCCAGGUUUUCUGUUUUCUUUCAGGUUCAGGACUAGGGAGCAUGGUUUUAUCUAACAUUUCACUCAGCAUAUCCAUUUUUGGAAUUUCCAAUUGAAGCAUUUCAGUUUUUUCUACGUUGAUUUCUUUCACACUGGUUGAACUAGAAACCGUAGUAUCACUUGCGGCUACACGCAAAUCUUCAUCCUCUAUUGGAUUGUCGUUGUAAAACUCUUUACUUUUGACAAAUUUUUUUGUUUUCUUCUCGCCAUUUAUAAUUUUUUAUUUCUUUUUAAAAACACCCAGUUUGCGAAUACCUUUUCCUGAAAAAAGCUGUUUUAAACUUUUAAGUUAAGCCUGUACAUUUUCUUUUUGCCUUCGAGAAUUAUAGUUAAUAAGGGAUCUGCCACUAAUCGUUUUAACGACAUAAUUACCGAUAAUUUUUUUCAGAAACGUUACCUUGCAAAACUUUUUCCAUUUUUCUGUUUCUUGACUCAAGCGAUAAACAAUUUAAUAGCAGAAAAAUACAAAAAUCAUAAACCA